GAAACACGAGUAGUUCACCGCUGGCUAACAAGUUGACGAGACGCAACGAGAGAGAAGCAGUACCGCGCGUCAGCUGGUAGCGCGACUUUCUCAUUCCUUGGUAAAAUCAUGCAGACACCUGCAGUUAUCUACAGUUUGCUCUGAACUGCCAGAGACUCGAUAUCCUCACGGAGAAAUUUUUCUUUUCAAUUUUCAAUCUAUAUAAAUAUAUAUUCGCUCAUCGUUUAAAGCGUAUCAAAAGUUAUUGGAUGAAAAGUGCAAAUUUCAAAUCUGCAAGGAUUUCUAGUUAAAAAAAAAAUAUUCAGUGUUUACUUAUUCAACAAGUGUUGCCGUGAAAUUUAAAAAAAAUCCAAUUUUUUUUUCAACACGUGAUAAAACACACAAGAACAAAGCAAAAAUAUGAUUCUUUUUGCGUGGUCCCUCUUUUUGGUCCUCUCAUUGAUGCUGAAGACAUCUCAAACUGUACUCACCGGUUCCCUAACAGGAUUUACUCAUGGAAUGACGAAUUUUGACAGUAUGAUAGACGAGGAAUUAGAUAGUGAUCAAGUAUCCAAACAGCAAAUUGCUACUGAAGAUGAGUUGCCUGGGACGAAUAAUCGAACGAAGGAAGAGCAGACAGUUUACGUCAUCGAAUUCGAAACCGAGCCAGAUGAAAAGGAUGAAGCACCAAGAAAAAGAGGCAAAGACGGUAGAGUUGUUUAUGGAGAAACUCAAAGUCCCCUCGAUCCAUGGUCGAUAGUGUGGUACAUUGGAUCAUUUGGUGGUUUGGUGGCUUUUUUCCUAAUAGUCAGCUGCUCCGAGUGGUGUUGUCGAAGAAAUGCAAGGCCUAUAAGCGUACCUUACAUUCAACGCGGUGAGGUCAUUAGCGGAACUCAAGGAGUUGCCGAGACUCCACCGCCACCUUAUCAUCUUUUUGCACCUCCGCCCUACGAUUCAAUUAAUUAUGCCGAUCUCACUGAUAAGGCUUCAGGCGAGAAGCUUGAUAUUUACGUGAUAUCUGUACCCAUUCACAAUAAUGUGAAUCAGGUGCCAGCGUAGGGAAUCCAUACGAUCAUCCUCUGAAAGAGGAUGACCCUAUCAAAGAAAAAAAAAACCCUCUCGAGGCAUCGAAAGUGUCGAAUCUCCCUUUACACUCUGAUAUAAAGAAAGAUAUAAAGAAGCGAGAAAUUAGGACUCAAAGCACGAGGCCUAUUUUCAAAUGAGAAAAUAUCAAGAGACAAAUUUCAAUAAAAUAACUUGAAAAUUGUCAUCGAAAAACAAAAAUCACGCGAUUUAUUUCUCUCGAAUUUUUUCACUUUAUGAAAAAUUUUAAAAUACGUAUAUUAUAUAUAUAUGUAUCUCGCCAAAGAUCUAUAAAUAGCAGUGAAAAAUUUUUCCAGGAAAGAAGUGAGAUUAAUCGCAACUCUAAAGCAAAAAAAAAGAAAAAAAAAAUUUCCUAUAUCUUUGGAAAUGAAAUCGUGAUAGUGCAGCAGUGACUUUAGAGAAAAAUUACAUGAUUCGAAAGCAUAUCGGUGGAAACAUCUUUAUAUAUAUAUAAAGAGUCAAAAAAUCUCCGUUACGCUAAAAGCGGACGCUAGUGAUUUAAUUAUAAGAUAUCGAAAACUUGAGAAAGACGAAGAUUUCAUUUUUACGUCUCGUAGCGAAGAUUAUACGAGUACCAAAGACUGAUUUCGCGAUUCUACUAUAUGUAUGUGCGAAAAAAAAAAUAUUGUAAAGAACAUUUUUUUAAGCUACUAAAAUAGCUUGAAAAAGAAAUUUCAUCCAAAAGUCGCUAGUCAUAAUGCAAAAAAAAUUAUUCGACUCUUUUAAAAAAAAAAAAAAAAAAAAAAUAGUCAAGUAAUAAAUUACAUUUUGUCAGGUCCAAUAAGAUUACUGAUUGUUUAAAUAACAAAAAAAUUGUUUAAAAACUCGAAAAUAGCGUGAAAUAAAAAUAAUAUUGUAACCUCGGUGAUUACGAUAAAAGUAAUCAUUAUCGACUUGCGAUUUUAUUGUUUUGUUGAAAAAAACAUUCGUCAGUUUCAAUUUUGUUUUCUUAAAAAAGUAGCGCACGAUUUUUAUUGUAUUUUUAAAAUUUUCAAAUAUAGUGUAAACUACUUUAAUGUAGUUUCUUGAUUAAAAUUUGUUGGUUUAUUAUAAUAAUAAAAAAUUAUUAAGCCAGUGAAAAAAUGAUUUAAAUUCAAAAAAAGAAAAAAAAAAAAUUAUUCAAUUAUAUAUAAAAUUUUUAAUCCCUCUAUAGGAAUAUGUAAUUAAAAGAAUUAUUAAUCAACUUAAAUUUACUGUCACUCGCAGAAUUGAUGCGCACAAUAACAAUAAUUGUAAUUGAAAUCCUUAAUUAAGAAAUAAUUACGAAUUUAUUAGGGUGAGGUCAUUGACUUUAGUUUCUCUACUUUUCCGAUCAUUGACUGGUGUGCUCUUAAAAAUAAACACUCUUUUGACAUAUUCUAUUGCAUAAUUUAAUAUACUUCCAGAUGAACUGGAAAUUAAUCAAUGAGAAUGAAAAAAAAAAAUUGUACAUUCAAUUUGGAAAAUAAUUUUUUAGAAAAAAAUUAAUAGUAAUAAAAACAUUUCUUUUUUUUACAUUUUCAAUGUAAAAUUUUUGAUGUUUAAAAAAUCUAUUAUUGAAACUGACAAAAAAUAGUUUUAACAAAAAGAAGAAAAAAUGAGAAAUAGAAUUAUUAUUAUCGCAGAUGUAAUACAUUUAAUCUGAUGAUGACGUAGAUGACAUUUUGGUUGACACCAAUCGUCAUGUGUUUCAAGGUCAUCAAUUGCACUCUAUUAUAUGCGAAUUGUAUAUAUACGCGACUGCCAUGAAAAAAAAGAAACUAUUAAAGAUGUCACUUUAAUUUGUGACAUUGUGCCAAAUGGAGGCGUUCAAGUUUUUGCCUCAUCCGCCACGCAAAGUGCAAAGGACGGAAAAGAAAUCUGUGCCAUUCAGUAAUAAUGUGUGACUCCAGCUUUCAAUGAAUGCAAUGUUAUUGAACCUAUUUUAUAAAGUGUGCUUCAACUAUCAAACGUUUAGAUGAAUUGAAUAUAUUUCUUUUUCUUUUGUUGUAAAUUGCAUUAUACUUGGAGAGUAUUAUUCAAAAAGUGUGUCAAACUUUAGAAUAUAAUUUCCUUUUUUUGGGAAAAUAAUUUUUUUCACAAAUAUUUUUAAUGUGUUAAAAUUUUUCAAAUUUAAAGUGAAAAAAGAAAUUUGACAAUAUAUAUAUUCGAAUUUUAAUUUUUCAUUUUUAUUUAAAAUAUAAAUUAUUUUUUUUAAUUUUUUAAAUUAAUGGUUUAAAUCUGAAAAUUUGUAUAUUUUUAUAUAAAGACUUUAUUAUUUUUACGAUGUACUUAACAUUCUUAAAAAAAUUUUCCAAAGUGGCGCAAAAAAUUUUUAAUA